GUCAUAUCACAAGUCAUGUCAGUAAUGUCUUUGCCAAUAUUACCAAUUGAAUGUUUCGAUAACAUACUCUUUUUUCUUGAUAAUAAAUCUUUAUACAAAUGUUUAUUUGUUAAUAGAUAUUACUGUAAAGCUACUAUUCCAAUUAUUUGGAGAAACCCUUUUAUCAAGCAAUUUUCAAUUUCUAUUAGCCGUUCAUUAAUAAAAACAUUACUUGCAUGUCUUAAUGAGGAUGAAAUUUCUUCGUUAAUCCCCUGUGUGAUAAAAUUUAAUAUUAAGCCUCCUUUAUUUGAAUAUGUAAGAUUCAUAAAAAAAUUAAAUCAUGAUUGUUGCGUAGAACACAUUGAACAAUUUAUCAAAUCCUUACCUGAAUUAUUAAGUGGAAAUGAUUAUACCAAUUGCAGAGAAAAGUUGAUUCAUUCUAUAUAUAAUAUGAUUAUUCAAAGAAGCUCAUUCUUAGAGGAGUUUGAAUUAAAUGUAGCCCAGAAAGGUUAUGUUGACUUACCAAAACCUUCCAUUUUUACAACUUAUGAACCUGGAUUUAAAAAUUUAAGUUCUUUAACUAUAUUUAGUUUAGACUUAAUAAGUAAUGAUACAAAACGUAAGAAUACCACCAAAUUUUUAAAUAUAAUUCCUACAUUUUGUAAUGGUAUUGUUAAUAUAGAACUAUGGAUUAAAUUUCUUAAUGGCAUAUAUGUGAAACAAUACAUGGAUAUU